AUGACUCAUCUUCCUCUUUCCACUAAACAGCAUAUAGCUUUGGAUACGUAUGAUACCGAUGGUGAUACCAAUUAUCGGAAACAGCAGCAGCAAUUAACAUCUCACUAUGACUCAGUAGCAUCACUUCAAAUACCGGGCCGAUAUGGUGUAGAUCCAAUAUUGUCGCCCCAAGUGCCAUCUUAUCAUCCAUUUCAUAACGCACAAAGAUCCGUUACUGUCACACCAUCAUAUGAUAAUCAUCACCAAAAAGAACAUGAAAUCUAUUCAUCUAUCCCUGUACACCAGAAUAUUCGUAAACAUAUUCGAAAUAGUCGAAAAAUUCCUGCAACAAACAUUGUUCAUACACCGUUCGUAGCAAAAACUACGCUAUCAACUAUGGUUCGUCCACCAGCGUCAGUUUUACAUGAUGCGAAUGAACACCAACAUCAGCAGCAAGUCAAAAGUCAGAUUCAAAAUCUUUUUCCUAUACGCAGCACCACACCACAAAUGAGAAUAAUAUUUGUGAGACAUAGUGAACGGGCAAAUCAAGCUCUCGGCCCAGACUGGUUUUUACGAGCAUUUGAUCAACGAACAGGUGUCUAUCAUCCAUAUGAUAUGAAUCUACCAAAGUUUUUACCAAAACGACAACGUUUUCAAGCGUUCAGGUUUGACCCACCCUUGACAGUUCGUGGUUUGCACCUUGCUCGAUUAACUGGUCAAACAAUGGCGCAUAGUAAUCUAGCGUCCACUAUCUGUUUAACAUCGUCUGCUCUUCGUUGUAUUCAAACAUGUGAGCGCUUGCUAAUGGGUAUGAAACGUCGAGAACGCGUUCAGAUUCGUGUUGAACCAGGUCUGUUCGAAUGCCCACAUUUUAAUGCUCAUUUAACUGAUAGUUUUAUGACACCUCAAGAAUUAUUAGACAAUGGUUAUCGUAUUAAAAGUGACUAUCAACCGAUAAUGCCAAAAGUGACUGUACCCGAAACACUUGAAGUAUAUUUUAAUCGUAGUCGAUUUGUUAUGAAGGGUAUUAUGGAUCGUUAUUCAUCUCCUGGUGCUAAUGUGUUAAUUGUGACACAUGCACCAGGACUCAUUGCUUUAACAGAUGCUCUACAAGGGAUAAAAACGAAUGCAGAUACAUUUUAUAAACGUGUUAGUAAAUAUGACUUUUUAGCAACUAUAAUUGCUGAAUAUGACAAUGGUAGGUGGCAGUUACGUAAUCAUGUAUGGUAUUAG